AUGGCCAACCCCGACGACGGCGGCGGGCGCAAGUUCUGGCGCUCCGCGUCGUGGUCGGCGUCGCGGGCCGCCGAGGCGGCGGGGCCGGAGGCGGCGCCGCUCCCGCCCCGGAUGGGCCCGCCGCCGCUCACCCCGCGGUCCAAGGGCCGGGCCUGCCUCCCGCCGCUGCAGCCGCUCGCCAUCACGCGCCGCAGCCUGGACGAGUGGCCCAAGGCGGGCUCCGACGACGUGGGCGAGUGGCCCAACCCCACCACCCCGGGCGCCUCCAAGGCCGGCGGCGGCGGCCCGGGCUCCGCCAAGCCGGGCGAGGGCCUCCGGCUCGACCUCUCCACCCUCCGCUCGCAGGGCCGCAAGGACCAGAUCGCCUUCUUCGACAAGGAGUGCUCCAAGGUGGCCGACCACGUCUACCUCGGCGGCGACGCCGUCGCCAAGAACCGCGACAUCCUGCGCAAGAACGGCAUCACCCACGUCCUCAACUGCGUCGGCUUCGUCUGCCCCGAGUACUUCAAGUCGGACCUCGUCUACCGCACGCUCUGGCUGCAGGACAGCCCCACCGAGGACAUCACCAGCAUCCUCUACGACGUGUUUGAUUACUUCGAGGACGUGAGGGAGCAGGCCGGGCGCGUGUUCGUGCAUUGCUGCCAGGGGGUGUCGCGCUCGACUUCGCUCGUCAUAGCGUAUCUGAUGUGGAGGGAAGGGCAGAGCUUCGACGAUGCGUUCCAGUUUGUGAAGGCCGCCAGGGGGAUCGCGAAUCCGAACAUGGGGUUUGCCUGCCAGCUGCUCCAGUGCCAGAAGCGGGUGCAUGCCAUUCCAUUGUCCCCAAACUCAGUGCUCAGGAUGUAUCGGUUGGCGCCUCACUCGCCCUAUGCUCCAUUGCAUCUAGUGCCCAAAAUGCUGAACGAGCCCUCGCCUGCCGCCCUGGACUCUAGGGGUGCAUUCAUAGUUCAUGUGCUCUCGUCGAUUUAUGUUUGGGUUGGAAUCAAAUGCGAUACAGUAAUGGAGAAGGAUGCGAGAGCGGCAGCUUUUCAGGUGGUGAGGUAUGAGAAGGUGCAGGGGCAGAUCAAAGUUGUCAGAGAAGGGUUGGAGCAACCUGAGUUUUGGGACGCCUUUUCCAGUGCACCUGUUAAUUCAGACAGCAAAAUGAAGCUUGGCAAGGAGCAGAUCGAUUCACCAUCCAGGACUGGUGUGGGAAGCCGGAGAGUGGAAUCUUAUGAUUCUGAUUUUGAGCUCGUCCAGAAAGCGAUAGCUGGGGGUGUUGUUCCAGCAUUCUCGUCUUCUGGUACUGGAGAUGAGACCCAUCUUCCAGCGAGAGAAAGUAGCUGGAGUUUACUAAGGCGCAAGUUUAUCUCGAGAUCACUAUCUCGAGUUUAUUCGGAUUCUGCUCUGAUAAGGGAUUUGGAUCCACGGGUACAGCACUUGACUGCAGAGGCAUCAAUAUCACCGCCUUUCCUUUCUCCGAGCUCUCUAUCAUCAGAUUCAACCAUCAGUUCAAAGUACAGUUCAGACUCACCCUCCCUGUCACCUUCAACUAGCUCCCCGCCGUCACUUGGUCUUUCACCUGCUUCAUCUAAUUUGCCACAUGCUUUGGUGCCAUCAUCUAGGUCUCCUCUUCGCCAGUCAUCUAAUGCGGAACAUUCAAAGCCUGUCCUGGGAUCAAUACGCUCUCCGUCCAAGGUCUCAUCUAUAGCAGAAAGAAGAGGGGGAUUUUCAGGUCUGAAGCUACCAUCACUCCCAAAGGAGCUAGUAUUGCCACCAAGGGCGCCAUCUAUUCACAAAGCAGAGGAAGUCAUGGAUAAGACUAAUACCAAUGGUGUGAAACAGCUUACUGGUGUUUCUUGCCCAGACAAAUGCACCGAAACUAGUUCAACGGCAACUGACAGCAACUCAGAGGCUACUGCCCACGGUGAGACCAUAGUAAUUGAGCAUACUAACUCAGAGACCUGUAAUUAUGUUCAACUACUAGUCUACCGAUGGCCCUGCAUGGAGAAGCUGACUGCAUUCGCUCGCAAGGAUCUUGACCCAAAAACAGUUUUUAUUUUUGUUGCUCCUAAUGCCAGCAGAAGUGCAGAAGCAGUUAAAACGGUAUGCAUAUGGGUAGGAGGUGAAUAUGAGUGCAGCAAAGGCGUUGACAGUAUUGAUUGGCAGCAAGUUGCUGGUGAUUUUCUUAAUCAAAAGGGGUUCAGCAAUACUCUUCCUGUUAAGGUUUUCAAGGAGCAUGAAACCGAGAAUCUUUUGGAGGUGCUGGAUGCUCGUUAA